CUUGUCUCACCGCGCUAGGACCCCUCUGAAACGAGCAGGGCCACCGCCUGCCCUAUUCACAGCUGAACAAGCUGUAGCUUACCUGCUACUGUAUUCUGACGGUGUGGUGCCUUUUCUCCUUCCUUGCAUAUUCCCUUACUCGUGUACGACUACAACAGCUGAGGGGGAGUACUUCUACCAGGUCGAUCCGUUGCACCACUGAGUAAACAGACGUCCAAAAUGGCCGGUAACCUCGUAAACAGUCUGCUAGAACGCUUGAACUUGACCUCUUCAACCCACGGAGCACCUGCCCAGGAGCCUGCGGAAGACGAGUUGAAGACCCUUCGUCAGAAAUAUGAGAAGGCAAAGCAAGAGCAUGUCUUUGCUUUCUAUGACCAGCUAAAUACCCAAGAAAAGGCAUCCCUCUUUGAUCAACUAUCCACAUUCGAUCCAGACCGGAUCAAUGUCCUCGCAGACAAAGCCUUACACCCUCCCACAGCCUCCGGCGAAGAACCCUCCAUCGAACCUCUACCUGAAUCGGCAUCUGCCUCCGUGCUCGAUGCCUCAAAGGAACAGACGGAAGAGUGGUACAACGCCGGGCUCGGACACAUUGCAAAGAACACCGUUGCCCUGGUUCUCAUGGCCGGUGGUCAAGGAACAAGACUGGGAAGUUCAGAUCCGAAAGGUUGCUUCGACAUUGGUCUUCCAAGCCACAAGUCACUCUUCCAAAUGCAGGCAGAACGAAUCUUGAAGUUGCAACAGUUAGCCAAACACCAUGCAUCGUUGUCGACUGAACCCAUUGUGCCCUGGUACGUCAUGACCAGUGGUCCUACCAGAGCCCCAACGGAAAAGUACUUUGAGGAGCAUAACUACUUUGGCUUGUCGAAAGAGAACGUCAUCAUCUUCGAGCAAGGAGUGCUUCCAUGCAUCUCAAACGAAGGCAAGAUCUUGAUGGAGAGCAAAUCAAAGGUGGCCGUGGCACCAGAUGGCAAUGGUGGCAUUUAUCAAGCACUGUUGACGUCCGAUGCUCGUAGCGAUAUGCGGAAACGCGGUAUCGAGCACAUACAUGCAUACUGCGUCGACAACUGCUUGGUCAAGGUUGCAGAUCCUGUCUUCGUUGGCUUUGCUGCUUCCAAAGAAGUGGAUAUCGCCACCAAAGUUGUUCGGAAGCGAGCGGCGAAUGAGUCCGUCGGCCUCAUCGUCCAGAAGAAUGGGAAGCCAGACGUCGUCGAGUACUCCGAGAUUGAUCAAGAAAUGGCUGAAGCCAAAGACAGCUCGGGCUUGCUGAAGUUCCGAGCUGCGAAUAUUGUCAACCACUACUACUCAUUCCGUUGCUUCGAUACAAUCGAAGAGUGGGCACACAAGCUUCCUCACCAUGUUGCGAAGAAGAAGAUCCCUUACUGUGACACAGAGACCGGCGAGUCAGUCAAGCCCGAAAAGCCGAAUGGCAUCAAGUUGGAACAAUUUGUCUUUGAUGUCUUCCCGUUCAUCCCCAUGGACAAGUUCGCAUGCUUCGAAGUGGAUCGUAAAGAGGAGUUCUCGCCGCUCAAGAAUGGCAAGGGCUCAACCGAAGACAACGCAGAGACUAGCAAGCGAGACAUUAUGGAACAAGGUGCUCGAUGGCUACGCAGCGCAGGUGCAGUGGUUGUAUCAGAAGGAGACAAUGCUGCCGGCGUCGAAGUGUCUCCUUUGAUCAGCUACGGUGGUGAAGGACUUGACUAUCUCAGAGGGCGAGAGAUCAAGGCACCAGCGGUGAUCGAGAGGAGUAAGGACGAAUGAGUCGCCUGCUGGUGUAAUGUAUCAACUAGAACGAUUUAUGAUUCGUGUUGCAGCGCCAACAGGAUGUUAUGAUGGGAUAUGGCAGACGUUCAGGUCCAGGAGAUCUUUGAUCGGAGUCCGCGAGGUCCGCUGCUGGAGGCGAAUAUAUGGACAAUCAAUCAACGGCCACACAAUGCAUUUAUCAUCUUGGUGCUCAUGGUAAACUCUUUUGCUCAGUGAUUGACAUCGAUACCUACUAGUACCAUAGCGCUGGAAAUGCCCCCCACGUGA